AUGUCCCGAAUACGAAGUAUGAACCAGCACGAAGUGGCUGAUCGAUCCAACUAUAUCAGUCCAGCAGGAGACAUGGAUAGCAAGCGUAACCCUCAAAGGCGCCGAGUUCCAGUCGCAUGUGGUCGAUGCCGACGACGAAAAAUCAAGUGCAGCGGGGAUUCUGGUGAUGGCCAGGGCUGCUCCAACUGCCGAAGUGCUGGAAAUACAGACUGUCAGUUCUUACGAGUGAACUCCAGUGCCGUUCUUCCCAAGGGAACAGGAUGGCCAUACCCAAAUGCAGGAGGAGUAGCGGCUUCUCCCAGAAUGAGGGUGUAUUCGCCUCAUUUACCUGGCAAGUCGACGCUCCUUUCUAUGGGCUCGCCGCAGACUCGUAUGUCCGGGUUCCAGCGGACCUCGGAUUUCGACCUAGGUACCGACGUGCAAGGAUUUCCGCGGCCAGUAGGUCUCGAUUCCAUGCAUUAUGAGACUGAGCAAGGUAGCAGCUAUAAUCAGUCCCCAGCAUACAUUCUUCCCAACGGUCCCUCAGGGAUGGUGGACUACGAAGCAUCAUCAUGGAGCCCUAAAAUCUGGGAACCUAUGUUUAACGUCAACAGAUCCGCUAAUGGGGGUAUCUAUUCUGACACUGAAACAAACGGCUCAAUGGCACAGUCUCCUUAUAGCUACAUGCUUCCAAGCCAAGGCAUUCUUUCCCAUGAAAUUCCUCAAACGGCUGCUGCUGCCAUGAAUAUGGUUUCCGUCUCAGAAGGUCCGGGGUCAGACCGAACACUGCCCACACCUACUAUUCGGCCCCAGCAAGUCUCAGGCAAUACGUCCUCCAUAAAAGCUUUUCCAGAAGGCAUGCCCGGGCUCUCCGUUCCGUCCGACUACAAAGGAUCCUUCUGGAACCAAAGAUGUACAGACCCAAACCAAAGAAUCCAUCACGUUCCCAGCAACGCAUCUUUCCCCAGCAGUCCAACCCAAUCUACAAAAUGCAACAGCGAUAACAGCAAGAACGCUGUCCCCGAGCUCGUCUUCUCCUAUCUACCGCUCUCCUCCUCUACAACCGAGGUCUCUUCUCCAUCUCUGUCAUCUGCAGCUCCAGCAUCCUCCACAACUAGCAGCAGCAAUACCUCAUAUGCUGGACUCUCGAUGGAAACAAGUCUCGACACUCCAUCCCAAGACUACCGCACCCUGCCAAGUGAUACACGCCUAGCACGUAGCUUUUCCCGGGAUGAGAGCACCUCAAGCCAACGUCUCCUCGUCUUGUCAAACGAGUGCUCGCCAGAUAUCUACAGCUACAGCAGUACCGAGAAGAGCAGCAAAGCCCGACCCGAUGAAUCGGGAUGUUCUGCAACUCUCAUCAGCGGGCUGCCCUAUACAAGAGUCCAAUACGCCGACCCCCCAAACAACAUGUUCCCCUGCGGUAUGCUCCCGGAUAAUAUACAAGAGUACAACCACCGUGGUGUAGUUGGGAACAUGCACCGAACUCCUGUCUCGCCGCUAGGCAAUCAAGGUGCUUACUAG